CUCUCUAUUCGCGCGACUCCAAGAGUGUGAAAGAGAGAACGCGAGAGAACGAAAGAAAGAGAGUGUGAGAGAGUGACAAGCAGCGAGCGGACCAGUCUGCGAGCGUUUCAAAGCGAGCCAAAGAGAGAGAUCGCAAGAGACGCGAGAGAGAGCGCGCUCCACUCUUGUUCCAAAGUAAAGACUUCUCUCUCUCCGUUUCGACUCGCCUCGCUACUUGCUCGCGCUUCCUCUUGCUUGUCCCGGGAAUGAGAAGCGAUGAUGUCGGGCUCUGCCAACGAGGAGAAAACCUACCGGCGGUUCCUGGAGCUGUUCCUGCGGGAGAUGAGGCCCCCUCUUCGGGAGGACCAGCCGCUGCCCCUCCGGCCCCAGACGGAGCUCAUCUCGGAAGAAGAGGUGGAGGGAGAGUGCAUAGACCUCUGCCUUCAGCACCUCUACAAAUAUAACUGUCCGUUCCCGUUGGCUGCUGGCUUGGCGAGGGCCACAUCGGACGCCCUCCUGCAGGGUGACCUGGCCAGCUGUACACACACCCCCCCACCCCCCGAGCCCACGGAGGACGCCGACACUACAGAGCCCAUGGAAACAAAAGAGCUGCCGCCACUGCUGGAGUGUGCGCGCGUGGCGCGGCUGGUGUUUAACUGUCUGUACGAGGUGUGUUACGCGUGGCUGCAGAACUACCCCCUGCGGCGGAGACCGCAGCCCUACUACGAGACCUCCAUACACGCCAUCAAGAACAUGCGCCGCAAGAUGGAGGACAAGCACGUCGUCAUCCCAGACUUUAACACACUCUUCAACCUGCAGGACCAUGAGGAGCAGGCCUUCUUCGCAGUGUUUGACGGCCACGGGGGCGUCGACGCAGCAACGUACGCGGCCAAUCAGCUGCAUGUAAACCUGGUGAAGCAGGAAGAGUUCCGCUCAGACCCCUCCCUCGCACUAUGCUCCGCCUUCCGACUCACAGACAAGCGAUUCAUACAGAAGGCAUCACGAGAGAACCUGCGUUGUGGGACUACAGGCGUGGUGACUCUGGUGCGGGGGCGUACCCUGUACGUGGCUUGGCUGGGGGACUCCCAGGUCAUGAUGGUCAAGAGGGGGGAAGCUGUGGAGCUGAUGAAGCCUCACAAGCCCGACCGAGAGGAUGAGAAGCAGCGUAUCGAGGCAUUGGGGGGUUGUGUGAUCUGGUUCGGCACGUGGAGGGUUAAUGGAAGCUUAUCUGUAUCCAGAGCCAUCGGUGACAAUGAGCAUAAGCCAUACAUCUGUGGUGAGGCGGACCACGCCGCGUUCCCAUUGGACGGUUCUGAAGACUACUUGCUGCUGGCCUGCGAUGGCUUCUACGACACCGUGUCACCAGAGGAGGCCGUCCGCAUCGUCACCGAACACCUGGCUGAGAACGCAGGGGACACCGCCAUGGUGGCCCAUAAACUGGUGGCGUGCGCUCGUGACGCGGGUUCGAGUGACAACAUCACGGUCAUCGUGGUGUUCCUCAGGGACCCCCGCCUUCCCCCACCGCCCAUCACAGACGACAACCAAUCAGAACAGCCGGCGCAGGAGGAAGAGGCGCAGCCGGAGGGGGAUGAUCAAUCGGACGAGUCGCAGGGCCAGGGGGGCAUGGCCGGGAACGGGGAGAGGGGAGGGGCCAAAGGGAGAGGGGGUUGGCCCCUACAGCAAUGCUCCGCCCCGGCUGACCUGGCCUAUGAGGAGAACCGUAACGACUCCUUCACGGACCGCACCUGCCUCAGCAACGAGCCGGUCAGCUUUGACCCAAUCAGGCCACCGUAUAACGGCCCUAAUGCACCGCUAUUCAACCCCUACGACCCAAACAGCCCCCCACAUGGCCCAUUUAGCACCACUAAUAACGAUGCUCCUUAUAGUGCUCCAUCUAGUGGCCACUGCCGUCGCAGCACCUCCCAGGCCACUGCACCUCCUGAUGCCGCCACACCUGAGCCACCAGCAGAGGGCGCUGUUGCUGUACAGCCUUCUGAUGCCCCUCCAUCCGACACCACUGUCUCCUUUAUUCCCCAAGCUGCCCCAUUACCUGACAGCCUCUACGAUGCCCAGUAUACUGCCCCGCUCUCUGCCGCCCUGCGUCUGCCUCGGCCCCCGGUGCGAAGGCGUGCUCUCCUGCCCCCGCAGCUGGCUGGUUGGGGGAAGGGGUGGCAGGAGGAGGACGUGGGGUCUCUCUGUGCCUACCGCACCGGCCGCCCAAUCCCCUUGCCCGACAGACUGGCCUCUGUUACCCGGGGAACGGGAACCCCGUUGCCCCUAGCGAUGCUGCUGCCGCCGCCGCCCCGCCGCGCGCGUGAGCGAAUGAGGAGGGUGAAGCGGCGCACAGCGGCCAUCAGAGGGGCGUGGUCCACACAUAGGCCACUGCCCCAGCUGUUGUCAUGCCGACAGCCAGAGAUGCCCCUUCCCUGCUCCAUCACUCCCACCUGGCCACACUGAGGGGGCUAGAUAUUAUCCACACACGCACCUGCACACACACACACACACACACACGCUCUAUAACCUUCACACACACACUCUAUAACCUACACACACACACUCUAUAACCUACACACACACACACACACACACACACACACACACUCUGUAAGCCUCACAUGCGUACACUAUCACACUGUCACAUACAGUACACACUAUCACACAUACACAUACACAUAAAUACACUAUCACACACAAACACACACACAGAGAAGUAUAUACCGGCACACACACAUUCUCUUACUCUCUAUCACACACAGAGCCAUCCACCAGCCUUCACUGGGCAACGAGACUUGUCCUGCUAGCAUUCCAUUACCCUACACACUUCCCAGAACACACACACCCA